CCCUCUGUCGCGGGCAUGGAGGAGCUGCUGAGUCGCUCCGUACCGCCGCUGCCGCCCUACGAGACCAAGGAGAAGGCGCCGCCUCCGGCGGAGCUGCGCAGCGCGGAGUUCGUGCGGUACUACCGCGCCCUGGAGGCCGGGCCGCCCAGGGCCGAGCUCCUCACCCGCUUGGCCCGCGACUUCGGCGUGGACCACGGCCGGGUGGCAGAGUUCAGCGCCAAGGUGCUGCAGGCCCGGGAGCAGCAGAGGGAGCUGGGGGCCCUGCUGCAGGCCGAGGACCGGCUCCGCUACUACCUCAACCCCCAGUACCGGGGUCUUUUCCAGCACCUGGGCCGCCUCGAGGGCGGGCUGCGCUUCCUGGUGGAGCUGAGGGGCGACCUGGUGGAGGGGCUGGCGACCAAGGCGGUGGACGGGCCUCAUGUCAAGGAAAUGAAUGGAGUUCUAAAGAACAUGCUUUCAGAGUGGUUCUCGACAGGAUUCCUAAACUUGGAACGGGUCACUUGGCAGUCACCUUGUGAAGUACUCCAGAAAAUUAGUGAUUCUGAAGCUGUGCAUCCUGUUAGAAACUGGGUUGAUAUGAAGCGUCGAGUUGGGUCAUAUAGAAGAUGCUACUUUUUUUCUCACUGUGCAAUCCCAGGAGAGCCAUUGAUAGUCUUGCAUGUUGCACUAACCAGUGAUAUCUCCAACAGUAUCCAGGCCAUAGUGAAAGAAGUGCCGCCUUUAGAAACAGAAGAUACAGCCAAAAUUACAACAGCAAUUUUCUACUCAAUCAGUUUGACUCAGCAAGGACUGCAAGGUGUGGAACUUGGGACUUACCUCAUCAAACGGGUUGUGAAAGAGCUGCAGAAAGAACUUCCUCAGAUAAAAGCUUUUUCUACUCUUUCACCUAUCCCAGGAUUCACAAAAUGGCUUGUUGGUCUCCUCUCCUCACAAACAAAAGAACUGGAAAGAAAUGAACUUUUUACAGAAUCAGAAUGGCAGGAAAUCUCUGAGAUCACAGGAGACUCUACUACCGAAACUCUAAAGAAACUCUUAAAUAACAAUGAGUGGGUGAGAUCAGAAAAAUUAGUUAAAGUGCUUCAUUCACCAUUUAUGAGACUCUGUGCCUGGUAUUUGUAUGGAGAGAAACAUCGUGGCUAUGCUCUUAAUCCAGUAGCAAAUUUUCAUCUUCAGAAUGGCUCUGUGAUGUGGCGGAUAAACUGGAUGGCGGACACAAGCCCUCGGGGCAUUGCUGCUUCUUGUGGCAUGAUGGUAAACUACCGAUAUUUCUUAGAGGAUACAGCCAGUAACAGUGCAGCAUACCUGGGGACUAAACAAAUUAAAGCCUCAGAGCAGGUUCUUUCCUUGGUAUCUCAGUUCCAGCAAAAUAGCAAGCUUUAAUUAAAUAUUAUGAAAACUAAGAACAAGUGUUCCUCACCUAUAAAGAGCUGUAAUAUUUUGCAGUGUCUAUAUUUAAAUGAGAAUGUCCAUUGUAAAACAAAUUUACUCAGCACAGCACGAUGCCAAGUUAUCUAGGUUAUCAGAUGCUAUAUAUUCAAAACCUGAUUUGCUGUGAUUUGAGUCAUUGUAAGUUCUAGACAUCGGUUACAUGCAAAUGGCUUGGAGGUAUAUAUUAAAGGGUGAGUAAAAUUCUCUCAAUCAGUUACAACUCAGUGGUAACUCGAAUGGAAAAUACUUGAGCCGUACCAUUAUUCUGUUGAUAAUAAACCUGUAUAAACCGUGUCUUCGAAAGGAGCUGCACUUAUUUGUCAUAAUACUGCUAUAGAUAGUUCAGUACCAAAGUACCUGAAAAGAAGUACUGAAUGAAGGUAAAUUUUGGGUGAAAUAUAAUAGCAAAAUAGUAUUCUACAACUUUAUUUCAAUAAGAUCUGGUUUUUUCUCCCUCAAAAAGUCUCAUGUAAAACCUCAUGGUAUUUUCCUUUUUCAAACCCACUAAAAAUCUCACAGAGUCUUUGCUUUGCUGGAGCAUGGAAAAGCCUUGCAUUAAUGUUGUUGAAAAAUCAGGAUUGCUCAGUGCAGCAGGUAUGUAGUAUUGCAUUUGCAUUUUUGUCUGCUAAAGUAUAAUGGGCAAGAAGGAAGUGUUCAAAUACGAGAGGGGAAUAAGAGAGACUGAUACUUAGGGAUCAGUUGAGAAGUUUCCAAAUACAUAUAUUAUACUUUGGUUCUGGUAAUUUUUAAGUUGAUAAAGAGUUAUUUUUAAUAAAGAGGUAGGUGUGACCUGUAAACCAA